AUGUCUCUGGCAAACACAGGGAACGGCUCUUCCCUUCUCUUCUCUCUCAGUCUCUUCACUUCUCACACCCAGACAGACAGGCAGCGAGUCAUUUACACAAAUCCAUGCCGAAGACAGUCUGCGAGACAGAAUAACCACUUCAAACGUCUUCGGUUUUUUGCCAUAGCCACAACCACUUCAAACGUCAUUGCAGCCACAGCCACCACUACAACCACAACCACCACCACCACCGAGUUCGCUGCAGUCACUGCCACUGCCAAUCACAAGAAGAUCAAAUCCAAAAGAGUCUCCUUCCUUCACCAAACAUACUCACCACAUGUUCGACGAAAGUUCUAA